CAAGGCUGAAAGGGGCGAAAUUCCUCUUUAUGGGUGGUCCCACUGUGUACACUGUAGCUAGUGGUUGACUUAUGUUUUUUGUAAUAAGGUUUGCAUUUUGUGAAUGUGGUCUGUCUGUGUAAGACUGUGGAAUGUGGGGAUGAGUGGAGAAUUUCCUUGAAUCACGUUUACUGAACCAUGUUAAGUGGUAGUCAUUUGAAAGCUCUCAAUGAACACUGAAUACCCAUAAUUAUCAUCACACCCUCACACAACACACACCUGCCCACACACAGGCACUGGGCGUACUACUGUUCAAGCUGUGCUUCAUGGAUACUCCAUUUGGUGACAACCCUCUAGCCAUAGUCAGUGCUCAGUACAGCAUUCCUGAAGACUCUCCCUACACACAAGACCUGCACAACUUGAUAGGCUACCUGUUGACCUCUGACCCCGAGCUUCGUCCCAGUAUCUGGCAAGUGUGUGAGGUGGUGUCCAGGAUCACAGGAACCACCAACCAUGUCACUAAUGUCUUUCGUUCCCCUUGUCCGCCAAAUACUCUCCCUUCUCCAAAAAAUGCUCGUCCUGUUGCUAAGAAACCAACCAACCAAUCAAAACCCUCCAUAACUGUCACCCUCCCAUUAACACUAUUGCUACAGCAGUUACCACGACAUCCAUUUCAACUCAGGGUCAAAUUCGUCAUGGCAACAACGAGUAUUGAACCUGAAGCCGUCCAAUCAGAAUGCAGGAUUCCAUUAGAGCGUAGACAGUGGACUGGAUGCUUUUGGUUAUGUCCCAUUCACUCCACAAAGAAUAGGAUCAGAGACCAACCUGACCACAGUGACUGGCAGUCCAUUUCCUACGGAUGACUUUGGUAGCACUCCAUUAAUUUUGACGGACGUUCCUCUACCCGCCCUCUUAUAAUACUGCUGACAAUGCAAGGCGAGAUUUGUUUGGAGCACCCCCCUUUGGAGAGGGUUCAAAGGUUACGGCAACAAUGACAACUGUAGAUCAAUUUAGAGCAGUUCCUUUUAGCUGAAUUUUAAUAUUUUAUUUUUCCGUCUGUUUAGUAUAAUUAUUUUUUAUAAGUGUUGUUUUGUGUGUAGUAGGAUCGAUCACAUGACUCGACUAUUGACUGUGUCGGUAUAAUUAUUAUAAAAUGAUGUAGUGCUU